ACACACGGCAUUGCAUUCAGUGCGGGCCUGCUGUUUUGACAACAUGGCAGCAGCUGGGGUGCUCCCCACUUACCAGCGUUAUGUCAACGGCGUACCUGUACCAGCCAGUCGAAAAACCCUCAGAUUACGUGAAAAGUAUAUUAUAUUGUUAGUGUUUGUAACUUUUGGAACGGUAUGUUUUGGUGCUUUUUUCUUUCUUCCCAAUUUGCAAGAUAGAGUGACAAUGGUUGCGGUGCAGAAACAGUUCCAAAAUGCAGGACAAGAUUUAUUCUUUCCCAAACAUGAAGAUAUAGAAAAAGGGGAGAAAAUGAAAAGACACGAUGGUGUUGUCGAUCCACACAAAAUAGAUGAUAAGAUCAGGUUACAAAUAAACAUAGAAAAUGAUGUGCUAAAUAUGAAACAAACAGAUAAUCGUCCCAUUACUGAAGGCGAAAAUGCCAUGGAACUAAAACUAAUUCGGGAAGAAAAAGAGAAAAUUCUGCUAAGAAACCGCGAAGAAGAGGAGAAGAAAAAGAAAGAAGAAAAGCAGAAGGCGCUGCAAGUUCAGAAAGAUCACUCGGGACAUCCAGGUGCACAAGGUGGGCAGCCUGCCGAUCCAGAAGUAAAGGGCAAAAGAGAUAGAGUCAAGCAGAUGAUGAAACAUGCCUGGGACAAUUAUGUGAAGUAUUCAUGGGGUGACAAUGAACUUAGACCUAUUUCUCGCAAGGGCCAUAGUGCCAGUAUUUUUGGUACCUCAUCCUUAGGGGCAACAAUUGUAGAUGCCAUCGAUACCCUAUACAUCAUGGAGAUGGAUGAGGAAUUUAAGAUGGCUCGAGACUGGAUUGCAGAGCAUCUGGAUUUUGAAGGGUCAUCUGAACUGUCAGUGUUCGAGACGAACAUCCGGUUUGUGGGAGGACUUUUGGCUGCCUAUGCACUAACAGGGGAUCAGAUGUUCAAAACCAAAAGCAAAGUUAUAGCGGAUAAACUUCUCCCAGCAUUUGAUACCCCUACUGGAAUACCUUAUUCUAUGGUCAACAUCAAAACUGGCAGUUCUCGAAACUGGGGCUGGGCUUCAGGUGGUUGUUCCAUCUUGUCAGAGUUUGGAUCUAUGCACCUUGAGUUCUACUAUCUGUCUGCCAUCACUCAGGACAAGAAAUAUUUGGAGAAGGCUCAAAAGAUACGCGAACUUCUGAAACAGCUAGAGAAACCAGGAGGCUUGUAUCCUAACUAUCUGAAUCCCAAGACAGGCAGAUGGGGACAGCAACAUGUCAGCAUUGGCGCAUUGGGUGACAGCUUUUAUGAGUACCUUUUGAAGGCAUACCUGUUGUCUGGCAAAGAGGAUGUGGAAGCCAAAGAGAUGUAUGAAGAAGCCCUGAAGAAUGUAGUAGAAAAACUGCUUCAGACAUCAAAGUCUGGAAUGAAAUACUUUGCGGAGUACAAAUCAGGACGACUUGAACACAAAAUGGACCACCUGGGAUGUUUUAUUGGUGGCACAAUAGCACUUGGAGCCAAAGAGUUCAACGAUUCGAAGAAGUAUACAGAUCUUGGUGCUGAUAUUGCUCACACUUGCCACCAGUCCUAUGACAGAACAGCGGUAAAAUUGGGGCCAGAAGCUUUCCGAUUUGAUUCUUCCACUGAGGCUCAGGCCACACGAUCCAACGAGAAAUACUACAUCCUGCGGCCAGAAGUUAUAGAGACAUACUUCUACAUGUGGCGGAUGACUAAGGAACAAAAGUAUCGUGACUGGGCUUGGGAGGCAACUAUGGCACUAGAAAAGCAUUGUCGUGUUGAGGGAGGCUACUCAGGUAUUCGUGAUGUCUACCAGGAAAAUCCUACACUGGAUGAUGUUCAGCAGAGCUUUUUCUUGGCCGAGACCCUAAAAUACCUGUAUCUGAUUUUCUCUGAAGAUGAUCUGCUGCCCUUGGACAAGUGGGUCCUGAACACAGAAGCUCACCCUUUUCCAAUAAAGGGAGUCAAUCCAGCAGCUUUAGCAUGAGAAACUGAAUGGCAGUUGUACCAGCGUUUUGUGAUUGGUGAGUGGUUGAAUGUUGAGAGAUGAUAAAUGGUCUGAUUUUGGUGGAAAUGCUGCUGCAAGUAUUGAAGUGUUGCUGAUGUGGAAUAAGUUUUUGGGUAAAAACCUCCCAGUCUAAGAAAAGUGUAAAUGGUUUGGCCACAUGCCAAUAAUAUUGUCAGAGACAGCAACUCUGUGUAUUUCUUUUCUGUUGCCUGUAAUGCUUGGAAUGAAUCGGAGUUUGCACAGUUAACUCCUAACCCUAGUGUGUGAGUGAGUGUAUGCAGAGACAUAACACACGCCUCAUCACACGUACUCCUCAGUGGCUAGAUAUAUAUAUGCAAUAUAAUUUGCAAGAUUGAAUGUUCUUUUACUGUUUGGGUAAAAGCAGCCUCGUAAUGAAUGAAAGGAAGAGAGUGACACAGAUAAAAACAUUGAUUAGAAUCAAAUUUGAAAUUUUUUGUGAUCAUCAAUUGAAUUUUUAUCUUGCAGUUUGAAAUUAAUAUGAAUAACAGUGUUACAUCACAUAGAAACGUGUAAAUCAUGCAAGAGAAAUCCAGAUUGCAAAGAACAUUCGUCAGAUGGGGUCUAAAGCAUAAAUCUUUUUAUGUCUGAAAUCUUUGAAAAUGAGUUUAGAUUGUAGGUCUCAUUUGUGUAAGACAUUUUAUAAUAUUGUAUUUCAUUAAUACUUGUUACCAGAUGUCAGUGAUACAGUUGACAUUUGAGAUAAUCGCAAUAGUUAUAUCUAAUAAAAUUCCCAACUAAUUUUAAUCAGAGGUUUGAAAACCCUUUGUAUAUUUUGAAUGAGACACACUUUAUGAGUAGUCAGAGCUUUAGUGAGCUAAAGUAGUUUAUUUAUUUUAAAAUUAUCAGUGUUCCCAGCCAUGAUUUGAAGUGAAAAUGAUAAAGUAUCUUGUUUGCAUUACAUUUCUUACCCCUCUUAUGUACAGAUUCUUUGUCUGCCUAAGGCCAAAGAACAACCCCUCAAGUACAAAUCAAACCACAUUCCAUGUUGGAUAGGAGGAGUAUUGAUCCAGUGUUUAAAAAAAAAUAAGAAUAAUGCAAGUUCUUUAAGCAUUUUGUGUUUUGUUAACAGAUAGUAGGACAUAUGCCAGACCUAGUGCCUUGUACUUGGCCUGGGUAGAGCUAGAGAUUGUAUCGGUAAGAUGCAUUGUCCUGAAGCUUCCAGAACAAGAUUGUUGAAAGAGAGCAAUCUUUAGCAAUCAUAACAUGAGUCAGAGCAUCAGUGUCCAAAGUUGGUUGGAAAAGGAAAAGCAAUGACCAAGGGGAGACGGAGAAAAAAAUCAAAAGAAAAGCCCUUAGAAAAGUGUGGCAUUCAACACCUCAUUCCCCAGCCACCCAAAGGCUAGAGGACUACUGCUUAUUUAACACUGGAACCUGCUGGUAACUUAUGGGGAGUUGUGGUUUAGCAGCAGGAAUUUGUGGAGAGGCACAAGUAAAAGACCAGGUAGGACAUCAACUCAUUUGGAAUAUAAUUAAAAUCACCUAGACACACAUCUUAUUCAUCUUUUUCAAAACUCUGAAUUGAGGAUAAAACAGGACAAAUCAUAUUAAAAAUUCAAAAUAUGAAGAAAUUUUGAUUGUAUUUCACUGUAUAGUACCCAAUCAGCUAAUAGUGAGUGGCUGUUAAAAUACGCUGCAGUACAUUGUCAGUGUGUUACAAUAGCCAAUGAAUUUAUGAAACUGCAAUCAUUUACUGGACUACUUAACUAUUUUGACUUUUAAAUGUGUAGAUCUAAUACUCAGAAAUUGUACUGGUGGUGGCCAUUAACACGGAUUAGUAUUUUUCUCUUUAAAUAAAUGAACCUUUGCUGGUGAAGAAGAAGACUUCAAGGACUUUGCCUUAGGAUUCUGCUGUUAAAAACAGAAUGGUAGUGUAAAUGCUAAAAUGUUUCUGGCUUUGCUUUUAACGAUUGCUCUUUUUAUUUUAAAUUAUUGAAUCAUAUCUUAAGUAGUAAACUACUUAAAUAUUUUUAAAGCCUUUGGAAAUAAGUGAAUAGUUCAUGAUUACUUUGAAAUGAAUGCAUAUUGACUUUUUUUUUUUAAUAAGCACAUGCUCGAUUGCCCUGUUCUGUUGAACAUCCAUCCAGGAAACUGUAACAGGUUCCAUUGUAAAUCAUAGUUGUUUGCUUCAAAUGUCAGUGCCUUUUCAUGCUCAUUUAGGUUUCAGUUUGUUUUUUUUUUUUUUAAGGAUAAAUUAUGUUAAAAAUCCUUAUUGAAACUAAAAGAACACUUUCCUCUGUUCUUAGCUAAGGAAGCUUACUGGUGGUUUAAUCUAGUCAUACAUUGUCUAAAUUUGGUUCUUAAAUUAGAAGUUAAAAAGACUGAUGCUUAACGCAUUGAUCAGUUAUAGAAAUUUGUUUAUUCUUAUAAAUAUGGAUUACCUUCAUUUAGGAAAAGAUUGCAUUCACAGCUGUUGUUGAAUGACUGUGUGCGUCAACUUUAGUAAAGGUGCAGUUUGUGAUUCCUGUUAAUAUUUGUGAUUAAUUUAUGCAAGCUUAUAACAUUGUCAAGUUUUGAAAUAUUUCUUGACGGUAAUAUUCUUCAUCUUUUCUUUACUUUUCUCUGUUCAAUUUUUAAAGUCUUCAUCCUGCACAGUUAAACCCUCAUAUUCUAAUGUAUGCAGCACUAGUAUUGUGCUUUUGUUAUUGUUGCAUGUGAACAUCAUACAGGUAGGACCAGCACUACCAGAGUCCUAAACAUUUGGACAAGUAGGAGGUGCAACAGGGAGUUUCUGCAUGGGUCUUCAUGUCUUCAGACAGUUGUGUGCAGGCAGGCAUACAAACACAUGCUCACUAUGUAUGCCUUGUAUUGUUCUAUGGAGUUAUCUUUGUACAUAUUGUUUGUCGUGUCCAUUGACGGUGAUUUAUUUUUCCUUAUUAUUCAGCUGCUUUUACAUUUAAAGAAAAUCAAAAUGGUAAUGUUCAGUUACAAGUCUCCAGGUGAAUAGGGUGUAAUAUAUGGCCAUUCAUUAGACCCUUUGGAGUCAAAUUUUGAAUGUGAAUGUGGGUACAUUUUUUGUGCAUGUGUGUGGGUGUGGGUGUGGGUGAAAGAGAGAGGGUGUGUGUAUGUGUGCGAAAGAGAGAUUGAAGACCAGGGUUGGUUUUCAUGUAAGGUCUUUGAAAUAAGCCCUAAGUCAGAGAUCAUAAGUGCAAGUUACCUUGCCAUUUCAUACCAUCAACAAAAGUUAUUUUCAAGACCUCACAUACAUGCCAGUGAAGUUUUGUGGAAGUUUAACCAAAAAACUUGGCCUUAAUGUGGUCUGACCAGAUUUUGCAUGAAACCAACCCUAAAGGAUCACGAGGAAGUGAGGUGUAUGUUGCAUAUGAUUUGGCACCAGAGGUUAAAUAUGUUUGUCGUUUAUUGAUGGUUAAAUAUGUAAUUGAAAGUUCUGAAUAUUUAAGAAGUCUUAAGUUCUGUUUUUGAUUUGGUUUGUGUGUGUGUGUGGGCAUGCAAAUAAGCAUAUAGGUACAUGCAGAUAUUUUUCUCCUACUAAAGGCAUUUUAUGGAAGUUGAUGGUUUCUUGUACUCAUUUUGAGCAAUCAAGCGCAAUUGCAAUAUGAGUUAAAAGAUUGUGAUCUUUUCUCUCUUUUUCUGAGGGGAGAGACCUGUAAAUAUGUCUCAGAGGCUAUGCAUUGACAGGAUUGAAUAGACUGGGUUUUCAUUUUAUUGCCAAGGUGGACUCUUUUUGAGCCCUGAACAGUUGACCUACUCAAGAAAACUUUACUAAGUGUAUUGUGGUUGUCACUAAUUCUCUCUCAAACAUACAUUUAGAAACACAAACAUAUACACACACAUGUGAUCGUGUAACAAAGAACUGGUUACUGACAUUUUCAAGCUUACAUUUUACAUUUUUGAAAGACUGGUGUGGCAUGUGUGUGUCUAUCCAAACACUGUUUGCCAACUCAGGCAUUAUUUUGUAACAUUUUUGAAUAUAGUUUAACAUACAUAAGACUUUGCUUUUUUUUAUCUGAUACUAAGAGAGAAAGUAUUUCUGCUUUUGGAUAAAGUAAUUUCUAGGUAUUAUGGUCAAUGGUCAUUCAUUUUCUCAUUACAAUUUUGAUUUGUAUUUCAAGUUUCCUGCUGUUUUAUGUGUUUUGUCGUUUUUUGUGUCGGGUAGGGAAUCUUGACAAAUCUAUUCGAAAAGGAUGCAGAGGAGAGUAAAGCAUUUACAUAAAGUAGCUUAGCUUGUCUGGUGUGUUAGGAUAAACUCCUACCUUAAGAGUUAUGCGGAAUAGGUUUUUAUGUACUUCAAAUAAUCUGAUUACGUAUUUGACCUGUAUCUUUAAAGGAGAAAAUGUGGUGACCUAUCGAUACGGGGAAUUUUGAUUAUGAGUUUGCAAAUACUGUUUGGGGUGAGGGUACCCCCCUUCCUUUUAGUGCACUGUAUUAUUGUACUUUAUUGUGCGCGGGCCGCUCGUCAAGCUGCUCUCCCUUGACACAAUUGUCUGUUUUAAUCUCUUGUUUUCGCGGUGACGAGAGGACAGCUUGGCAUGGUGGGCAGAUGAGGUGACUAGCCGGGUGACCACGAAUGUCGUGCGUGCACUAGGUGUUAGUAGAGUGCAGGCGCGGUCAACUGCAAGAAAACAAGUGUCGACAGUGCAAUGACCGCCACCCUGACAGUUGGGGCAGUUGGCGUCGACGAUGGAGUGUUGCGACAUACGGGGGAUUGCGAGUCGCGGAGGGCGCUGCAAGACACAGAAGAAACGUCAGGAUGUGGAGGAGAAAUGGGGCAGGGCAUAGGAAAUAAUCACAUUAUGUGGUGGUGGUGGUGGUGGUGGUGGUGGUGGUGAUGGUGGUGGUGGAGUGGGGUGGGGUGAGAGAGCUGCUUCGUAAACCGUUCACUCCAUCCGACCCUUUAGCAGAGUGCCAUCCAGAGUUGAGUCCUGCACUAUCCUUUUCUUAUCUAAUUUAUUUUUACCAUGGUGAGCUUGGAGGCUGAGAGUGUCCAAGUGAAGAAAACCCGACAUAAUCAGAGGGUCAAGAGUCAAGGCUGGACACAAGUUCAGCAAGUUUUGCCUCGUGUGUGUGUGUGUGUGUGAUUGUGUAUAUAUGUUACUAGGGUGUGAGCAGCAGAAGUCUGUCAUGUGUUGUGCUGCAGUGUAAGUGGACAUCUCGGAUCGCCUUGCGGCUGUCGCUGUCCGUUGUGUUGCAGACGUUGCAGCCCGUCACGCUGUCCUGCAGUAUCCAGCAACAGUGUUUCGUUUAUUCCCAUGCAUCCCUAGGCCACUUUCUCGGAAGCUUCAUGUGUAAGUUAUGUCGUAAGAUUUAGUAUUUUGAGAUUAAUUCCGACCUACAAUUUAUUAAAGUCACAAAGAGAGUCAAUACACAUUGCGACACUGAGCAUAUCAGAUAAUCACGGACAGCUUUAAAGGACUAAAAUGUUUUACCAUUGUAUGAAUGCGCGCACGCGAGUAAACGUUCAUUCACCUGUUAAGCAGGGUGAGGACACGUAAGAAAUGCACUAACAUUUCGUGUGCUGCUGUACUCGACUGUACAUAAUGUAUGCAUGUUUUAAUUAGCAGUGAUUGUGUUCGGCACCCAAUUGACUUCAAAGAGUCGCUGUUACAUGUUUAUUAAUGUUUGUUGAUGAAACGUUUCAAUAAAUUGCAUGAUUUCAUGCUCAA